GCGAUUACAUAUCUUUUGUUUAAGCAAACAAAAAUGCUUAAUAGACAUCACUUGCUAGGUAGAAUGUAUCGCUUUUAAUAUAUUAAAGCCAAGCCAUAUAUACUUUGAUUAAACAAAAUACACUUAUAAUACCACCAGCAAUGGAGAGUGAGUGCGCUGUGCUGAGACUGCCGGUCAACUGUGAGAUGAUACGAUUUAACGACUGGGAGAUUACCUUUGAGAAGUCUCACAUUUUGAAGAGUAUGUGUACUAAGGGCGGCACCAAUGGCUGCGAGAAAAAUUCUCCCGAUUGCUGUGACUUAUGUACCUAUCAGCACGCGCUGGAUCUGCCACAUUUGCCGGACAUGGUGUUUCACAAGAACAAGUUGGUGCUGCAGCAUAAGGAUGGUGCUAAAAUGGAGUUUAAGCCAAUGGAUGCGCUAGUAUUGGUUGCCAAUGGCAAAGAGGGAGCCUUGGAAGUAGCCUGCGCCCAGGAAUGGCGGGAGACGCGCUCUGAACAGAAUAUGGAGGCGAAAUACAAGCCUUUCGAUUGGACAUUCACAUCGCACUAUCAAGGAACACUAAACGACAAGUUUCGCACUGAGUCGACGGAGAUAUCUUUAAAUAAGAUGAAGCUGAUGCAGCGCGAGAAUAUAAUCUUUUAUCAUGAUCUUACACUCUAUGAGGAUGAGCUGCAUGAUCAUGGCAUCUCAGUAAUGAGCGUUAAGAUUCGCGUUAUGCCUUCAGGAUUUUUCGUACUUCUGCGCCAUUUCUUGCGCAUUGAUGAUGUUCUCAUACGCUUGCAUGACACACGCUACCAUUGGGAAAUUGAGAAUGAUUAUAUCCUUAAAGAGUAUGUGCAUCGCGAGGCGCCCUGCUCGGUACUGCAGAACGUCAUAGGCCUUUGGACGAAUGCGGAUGAGAUGCAAAAUUACCUUCCAGUCAAAGCUAAGGAGCAGCACAAACUAUACUUUAAGUAACUGCCAGUUGGGUGGCUUCACUAUAUUGAAACUGUAAUAGCCCAGACAUUAAUAACAAUUUAAGUUCAAAUUUGAUGUAUACCGUUCAUGUAUCUAGUAUAUUUAUUUUUGCUGCAAGUUGUGCGAAUGUGCAACCUCUAGA